AUGAGCGCGUGUCGUGUUUGGUGCGCAGACGGAGGGCGGUCGCCGAGCCCCGCAGGCGCGGCCGCGGCCUCGGCCUCCGUGUCGGCGCAGGUGGCCGCCCACGCCGCCGCCGCCCACGCCGCCCACGCCGCCCACGCGGCCGCGGUGCACGCGGCGCACGCAGCCGGCGUCUACUCGCCUCCGCCGCUCGCGCUGUGCCUGGCGCCGCCCGCCUCCGCGGGGGCCGACCAGCCUCCGGGGCCGCCCGCGCCGCCCCCGCAGCAGCAGCCGCCGCCGGGCCCGCCGCCCAGCUACCUGCUGGGGCCCUGCAAGCCGGGCAAGGCGGCGCUCGGCCUCACCUGCGUCGUCUGCGGCGACACCAGCUCGGGCAAGCACUACGGAAUCCUCGCCUGCAACGGCUGCAGCGGAUUCUUUAAGCGUUCCGUUCGCCGGAAGCUCAUCUACAGGUGCCAGGCGGGGACGGGCCGCUGCGUGGUCGACAAGGCGCACCGCAACCAGUGCCAAGCAUGCCGCCUCCGCAAGUGCCUGCAGAUGGGCAUGAAUAAAGACGCCGUGCAGAACGAGCGGCAGCCGCGCAACACGGCCACCAUCCGGCCCGAGGCGCUCGUCGAGAUGGACCAGGAGCGCGCCCUCAGGGAGGCCGCCGUCGCCGUCGGCGUCUUUGGGCCGCCGGUGUCGCUGGCGAUGGGGCUGUCCCCGCGCUACCACGGCGCCGCCAUGCUGGGCUCGCCCGCCGAGGUGCCGGCCAAGCAGGAGGCAGACGACGAGGACAGCAUCGACGUGACGAACGAGGAGUCGCUGCCGCCGCUGUGCGGGAGUGCGGGGCCGGGCGCGGGCCCCACGAGCGCGGGGGGCGGCGGGGGCGGCGGGGGCGGCCUGCAGGCGCCGAUGGGCCCGCGGCCGCCCGAGCCGGCGCCGGCGCUCUACCCGCCCGUGCACGAGACGCUGCACGAGACGGCGGCGCGCCUGCUCUUCAUGGCCGUCAAGUGGGCCAAGAACCUGCCCUCCUUCGCCAGCCUGCCCUUCAGGGACCAGGUGAUCCUGCUGGAGGAGUCGUGGGCGGAGCUGUUCCUGCUGAACGCGGUGCAGUGGUGCAUGCCCCUGGACGGCAGCCCGCUCUUCUCGGCGCAGGAGCACGCGGCUGCCGUGCCCAACGGCAAGGCGGCGCAGGUGGCGGCUGACGUGCGCGCCCUGCACGACACGCUGCUGCGCUUCAAGGCCGUCGGCGUCGACCCCGCCGAGUUCGCCUGCCUUAAGGCCAUCGUGCUCUUCCGCUCAGAGACGCGCGGCCUGAAGGACCCGGGGCAGGUGGAGAACCUGCAGGACCAGGCGCAGGUGAUGCUGGGCCAGCACACGCGCGGGCAGCACCCCGGGCACCCGCCGCGCUUCGGCCGCCUGCUGCUGAUGCUGCCGCUGCUGCGAUCCGUCUCCACGGCGCGCAUCGAGCAGAUCUUCUUCCAGCGCACCAUCGGCAACACGCCCAUGGAGAAGGUGCUCUGCGACAUGUACAAGAACUAGGCCGCCGCCGCCGUCUGCCCCAACAGUGCUUUCUUCUGUCGCGCGGUGAGACGGAGUCACAUGUAGUCGCGAAUCAUCCGUUUCUUCGGAGCAUGAACUUGACAGCAUUUUCCUUGAACGCAUCAGAUGUACAUUGACCAUAACCCUCUCCAGGAGCAUCUCACGUCUCACAAACUCAUUUCUCUUCAUAGUACCUCGAAUCAGGAACGAAAUCUUGGAUACAUUGACCAGCACAGGUUCUCAUCCCCUACAGUCCUAUUUAAAUCAGUUGGCAUUUGACAGCGAAGGCGCUGGACUAUACUCACUGUGUUGCCCAAAGCGUUGUGCCUGUUAUUUCUCAAGUUCGAAGCUUCUCCCUACGUGAAACUUAGCAUAUUUCAAAUAAAAAAAAUUAUGUCCGGCCCUAAUCAAAAUUAAGAACAAAUUUUUGACGUAUUUGAAAACACUAUACACAUCAUACGUGAAUUUCAGAAUUUUCUUGUGAUUUUUGUGUGAGUCGGAGACUUUAAACUUCACAUUUAUUACGAGUUACAUAUUGAACAAAUUGCAGAAAUUACCGUUCUCCGAAGCUUAUACAGCGUGUAACUAAAUUCGCUUUGUAGACUUUGAGCACACUUUCCUUACACCAAACAAGAAAAAAUAAUCUAGUAAACGUAGCUUCUAAAAUGCAUACCUAAACUAUCGGCAUUUGUUGAUCUUCGAUACUAUAAAGCACAUCUCUUCUAUUGCAAGUAUUUUGACUUACAUAUUUUGGGAGGAGCUAGUACGGACCAAAUAAAGAAAAAAAUGUCCAGUAAACAUGGGCUCUACACCGCACACUUAAAGAACUGUGAGUACUUUAUCAAUAGAAGAGAUGUGUUCCACAAUAGCGAAGACGAGUAAGUGCUCAUAGCUCUUAAAGCACGUAUUUUACAGCUCAUGUUUAUGGAUAUUUUUUGUUGUUUUGG